UCUGUGACUGAAAAAAAAAUUUUAAAUGUUUAUAAUUAAAGUGAGUGGAAAUGUAAUAAAUAUAUAAAGACAUUGAGACUAUUGUAAGUGAAGGAAAAGUGUCAUUAUAUAUAUAUAUAUAUAUAUAGAAGUGGAUUUUGUUGCGGACAAGGUUUACAACACGUACGUCAGCAAUUUUUAUUCUCUGUCGCGGAAACGUAAAUUGUAAUGGAGAAAUUAAAAAAAAUUGAUAGACAAAAAAUAAUGACUAUAAACCAUCAUUGUUUUAAUAGGACAACUCAACCGAGAUUUUGAUAUUUAAUCAAAUAACAAUAAAGAUUUUCAAUAUACCUUUAUCUAUUUGAUAAGAAAAAAAAGAAAAUUUUAUAACAAUGGGACUGGAAGCAGACUUCACUUGCAUUUUGCGCGAUUUCGUGCAAUUUCUUGAUGCACUAAAUGAAGUGAAAUUAUCCUCAAGUUUGGAAAAUAUUCGUGAAAAUCUUUUACGACGAUCAAAGGCAACACUUCUCAAUUUAGCAAUUGGUCCACCAUCAUCGCCGGAACCUUAUUUAGAUAUGAAUGCCGGCAAGGGUCUCUUAUUAGUGACAAAACAAGAGAUUGAACUUCAAGAAUACAUCAAUACCGAUCAUGAUUCAGAGCCAAAAAUUAAUCAGGAUUAUUAUGAAACUUUCCAGGAAAUUAAUAAUCCAAAAUCCGAGCAUUUCCAAUCGAUUGAAGACGAUGCGGGCGAUUCAUUGGAGAAUACUUUAACGAUAAUUUACUCCAGUUUCUCAGCCAUUCAAACGAGAAUAAAUUGUAAUAAAUGGGGACAACUUUUUAGAAAAAGUGAAAAGAAAAUACCAUUUAUUGAUCCUUUACGACCUUGUUGGAUUGGUUUAUUGGGUUCUUAUCUUUUGAUUUACGGAAAUGAAAAAGACAAUCGACCUAAUGCAGUCGUUCCUAUUCGAGGAUACAGAGGACGUCCAGCUCCAAGUGUCGAUACUAAACGAAGUGAUUCUGCUUUUGAGAUUUUUUGUCCUGGCCAUAAAACCCUACAGUUUGUGGCAAAAUCACCGGAAGAAAUGGAAGAGUGGGUGUCAAUCAUCUGUGAAACGAGUAGCAGAGAAAAUGAUAAUAAAACACGCCUUCGUGAAUCUUCUUUCACUGACAUUGCACAAAUGGAGCAAAAAGAUAGAAAAAAUUCAGAAUCGUCGAUAAAAGAUGAAAAAUAUCAAGACGCAGAUUUUAGACCUACGAGAAGUAGAGAAAAUUUACUUCGAGUUGAUAAAGAUACGAAUAGUGAAAUUCUUUUACGUGAAAAAAUAACAAAAUUAGCAACUAAUGAAGAAGAAGAUGAUGAUGAUAAUAAAACACCUCCAUUACCAGCUAGAAUCCCUCGAAGACUUCCUUCGCUUCCUCAUGAGGAAGUUAUUCCCUCUUUUCAACCUGUUGACGAACCCUACGAUGAAGAUGAUAUUUAUCAUAAAAUUGAAGAUUUCCGCGAUGGUACUGGUUAUCAGAAUUGUAUGGUCGCCAAAAAAGAAGAAGAGAAGAAACAAGAAGAGUUGAAAAAAAAUUAUCUCGACACUUACGAUGAUGUUACAAGUGAAAUCCAAAUUGAAGACGAUAAAAAGAGAGAAGAAAUCCAGGAAGCCUACGAUGAUGUCCAAUCAGUACCUCAGAAAACAUCUUUAGAAAACGAAACUGUCGUCGACUCUCCCGAAUCCUAUGACGAUGUAAAGACAAUUGAUCCAACACUAAAAUCAGAGCCAAAAGAAAAAAAAUUAUUGGGUACAGCACAAAUAAAAGCCUCGAGAAAGUCUUUUCUCGAUCGAAUGCGUAAUCGUAGUUACAUUGUAAAGAAGGAAAAAAAUAAAAAACGAACCUCAUCACCAUCAUCAUCAAUUUCAUCCGAAGCAUUGCCAACCUAUGACGAUAUUGCCGGCAUGAAUAAUCAAUCUGAAACAAAAUAUCCCGAUAUCACAAAUAUCGAACAAUGUGAAUAUCUCUCACCACCAAUUCCCCGACCAAUUUAUUCAAUUCCACCCUCUUCAGUGACACCCUGUUCUCUCGAACAAUUAUACGACGAUAUUGCCGUAUGUCAAGAUAAAUUAACCGAAUGUACAAAAACUAAUUCAAUUGAUAUGGAUAUUUCGAAAAUAAAUUUAGAUUUUCGAAAAAAAUCAUCACCAACGAACGAUAAUGAACAAACAGAAAUGGAAUUUGAAUAUUAUCAAUCGCCAAAAAGUAAUCGUGCUUUACAAGUUGACGAUACACUUUAUGAUGAUGUUGCUCUAUUAAUGAAAUUUCGUUCUAAACCACGUGAAUCGACUGUUUCGAAUUUUGAAAAAGUUUGGAGUCGUUUUAGCAGUGGAAGAAGUAAAAAUUCAGUGAAUGAACCCGAGGACAGUGGUAAUUUAUCGCCCAAUGGUGAAACAAAAGUAAAUAGACUUCAAAAACUCGUUAACAAAAUUGAAAAUACACUCAGCAAAACAUCUAUGAAACCAUUGCCUUUAUCGAAUUCCAAAUCACAAUCUUCGAGUAGUGUAACUUAAAAAAAAAUUUCACAUUUAAAAAAAUUCAUCUUAAAUAUAUAGAGCGUUAUUUUUCAUGAAUAAGUAAAAAAUGAGCGAUAAUUUUUGUUAGCGAAUAAACAAAAAUUUAAACGCUACUUUUUUUUACGUGCCAAAAAAAAGAAUGGAGUCAACAAUUAGUUGAUUGAUAGACUGAUUACUGCCAUUGUUAAAAAUAGAUGUUUAUUAUAGUAUUCCCUUUUGUAAAUUGCAAUUAAAAAAUUAUUAUUGAUGUUACAUAUUAUCGACGAAUUGGAAUUUUUGAAAGAGAAGCUAAAACUUUCAAAUACAUUAAAAAUACAAUA